GAACCCGCGACUAGACCACUCCGGUCUGUGGUAGCCCCGACGAAUCAUGUUCAUAGGACGAUUUCUUUUGGAGGUUUCUCUGAUCGCAGCUGUGACAGCUCAUCACACAGUGCUCAUCGCAAACCAAGGAGGCGUACACGCUGUGGAUCCGAUCAGUCAAACUGUCAAAACUCUUCUACAAUACGAAAAAGGAGCCAACGCCGUUACAUACAGCCUACUAACUGAAAAUAUUUACGGGAUUUUCCAAAGUCCCAACCCAUUUGAUCACAAAAUAGUCAGGACUAAAAUCGUUGACAAAUCAGAGCCUCAUACAUGCAAUUCCACCAACUUGGAAGAAUGGUGCCGUAGGAGCAAGUUAUGUCAUAAAAUCUGCAAUUCUGACAAUCCUUACAUGCCGUUCCGAAUUAAGUUUGGCAAAUGUCUAAAGGCUAGCAACUUGGUAUUAGACUGGAUCAACGACAAUUUAUAUUGGACGUGUGAGCCGAAUGGUCGCGAACAAAUAAAGUCGUCCCUCAAUGUCGUGGAUGUGGAAGAUGAAUACAAUAAAACUCUUCUAACAAAGUCAAAUCCUAUACAAAGCAUUGAUGUCGAUCCAUUUAAAAAAAAACUGUUCAUACUGGAGUCUAACGUGUUGACCACCACGACCCUGGAAGGUGGCAAUGAGACGAUGAUUUACCAGUUUGACGAUGGUGUUGAGGACAUCUACAAGAUCACUCUGGAUACCGAUAGCAAGAUCGUCUAUGCUGUCGGAAAAUCGCUAAAUAACAGAAAUGAAAGGUUCCUGGCCAGUGUAAACUACGACGGAACGGACUACAAGAAAUUGUACACAAGUUCUGACCCGGCGUGGCAGUUUGGUCCAAAGAUUGUCAACAAAGUUGUCUACUGGCUGACUUACUCCAACGACACUGAAUGGCAAGCUGUUGGCGAAGCCCACGUUAAAAUGGAGAAAUUGCUCGUGCCAUUGGGCGUUGUCCAAUGGAGUCUCGUCCAUAUAGAUGCCCAGAAGCCUUUGAACAGUUCACACUGUAGAUUGUCAGGAUGUUCACACGGUUGUACCAUUUAUUCAUGGAUAAAUGUGGCAUGUCAGUGUCCAGAUGACAUGAUUUUAGCAGAGGACAACAAAACGUGCAAUGGAGGAUAUGCUCGAAACGCACAUGUCGGCUGUCAGGCAAACACUAAGACUUACCAGAAUGCAACUGUAACAGCUGGAGCAGUAACGGCAUCUUCAAGCAGUAUGACAUUAUUUUAUAUCGUCAUAACAACAAUCUUUGUGUCUGUAUUUAUUGUUAUGAUUGUUGUCAAACGAAGAGCGAAAAUUGGGAAAUACCAGCCGGAAGAUUCGCAAGAAAGAACGGACUUUUCUUUGUGAAAACAAACUCGAAUUUAUUAAUAGUAAUAUAUGAAGGUCUAAAUUUGAAUUCCCGGUAUGAUAAGUUUUGAUAUGAUAAAUGAUAUUCGUACUAAGGUACUUCAAGGUUGACAUUAACUAAGUAGACAUCUCAUUACAUUGUUUGUUUUCUGUUUCAUGUGUUGCCUACACAUUGGUAUAGUUUGGGUCGUACAAAUGUCUAUUAAAUGAUUUUAUUUUCUUUUAAGCUGGAUUUUAUGAUUUGUGUUUUAGUAUUGUUUAUGACACUAGAUGAGAUGCCAUUGUUUAUUGUUUAUAAUUGGAUCGAUUUGUUUUGUUAGUUGUUAAUAAAGCUCAUGAACAAGACAUAAAUACAGUUAAAAUAAAGUAGCUAAGCUAGCUAGUAAAAUAAAGAACCAUAUGUCAAGAACAUAAAUGUUGUCUUCUGCUGGUACAUAAGAUGAUAAAUUCACAUUAGAGUAUGUUUAUCUCAUAGUAGUGAUUAAAGGCCCAUAAUCUUUAUAUUUUGUGUACUCAAAAGUAUCACAGUAUGUAUUUUACUAUACGGUACAGCCUAAGAAUUUAUGUUGUUUCUAUUGAAUGCUUUUUACAGUUGUGUUUUUACAAUCAAACCAAUAAAAUCUGAGUGUAUUUAAAAUAAGUAUAUUUGUUCUUGACAGCUGAAAAAUAUAUUUUGUAUUUAU